AUGCCGGAAGAAGCAAAAGUAAAAGCUAUAAAGGAUUUUCUUCAACCAAAAAACCUCAAAACGCUUCGUGGAUUUUUGGGCCUAGCUGGUUUCUAUAGAAAAUUUAUGAAGGAUUCCGCGAAGACAGCUGCUUCUUUAUUUAAAUUAUUAAAAAAUAAGGAGACAUUUAAGUGGGAAAUUGGUCAACAACAUGCCUUCGAUACAUUAAAGAAGAGUCUAAUUACCGCUCCAG